CGACUUCACGUAAGUGAAUGUGUGAUGAAAACGCAAAUGAUAGUAGCCUCGUGAAAUUAAGUAUCAUUAAGUUCUGUGUUUAUUUUCGCACGUUCUAAAAUUCAAAAAGUUGACAGAAAUAGACAUGUCACACUAUCGAUCAAGCACUUUUGCAAACUUUCAAGGCUCAAAGUAGUCGUUUACAUACGAUAGAAGGGCCUUGUUUUUCUGCCUUUAUACAUUUAAAAUAUUAAUAUCUCGUUUCAGCAAAGGUGCUGUUAUGUGAUUGAGUGAAAUUAGCAAUUUUUUACGAAACUAAAGAAAAAAGACGAGGAUCAAAGGUUGAGGUAUUGUAAAACCUGGACAGAAAGCUAAAGACGCCAUAAUGGAAUCGUUAGCUGGUUACGGUAGCGAUGAUGAAAGCAACGAAAUGUUGCAAGAUAACAAGGAACCUAUUGGAGGAGGCUCCGACAGAGAAAACAAGCAAGAAGACGACGUCAAUUACGAUAACGUACAAAUGGAUAUGAGUGAGGAAUCCAACAACAACCACACCAGUGGUAGCAGCAGUAGCAGCAGCAGUGGCACUAGCAGCUCAAGUAGUGACAGUGAAAGUGAUAGUGAUAGUGACAAACACUCAUCAUCCAGUAGCUCACGUACAUUCAGCAGUGGUGACGAGAGAGAGUGCCAGAGCCCUAAAGCAACUACUGCUGAAACUCCUAUCGCCACUUCGCAUGAAGCAUCAGACGUUACGGCCACAUCGCAAAGUGAGAAGGAUACACGGCAGCCUGAAGUUGGCUCUGAUACAACUAUAGAAAGGUGCAGUAAUAGCCUUCAAAAUCCAAGUGAUGCUAAGAAGCAUGCACAUAGUUCAGAAGACAAGAAGCAUUCACAUAGCCCUGACCGGCAAAAGCAUUCCCAUUCACCAAACACUCGUCGGCAAAAAUCUCAUAGUUCUGAUAGAGACAAGAGUCAUUCCCGUGGAAAUGCAAAAAGGCGUUCAAGGUCACGAUCUCGUGACCGUCGCAGGCGGGGAGAAUCGUCAAGAAGUCCAGAGCGCCGGAAGCGAUCUCCUUCCCACAGAAGCAGAGGUGACCGAAAACGAUCAUCACACAGUCCAUCAGAACGCAGGAGGAGAUCAAGAUCAGCAGAUCGUAAAAAGAGGUCCCACAGUCCAUCUUCUAGGUCACAUAGGGGUGGAGAUCGUGAGAGAGAUAGAGACCGAAGGUCACGUUCUCCAACACAUCGUCGACCAUAUGAAAAAAAACCAAACAAGCUAACAAUUUUGGAACGUCUUGGAAUAGAAAUAAAAGCACCAAAUGAUCCUACGGCACAACCUGUAACACCACAGCAACUUCUUCAGCGUUCAGCAGAAGAGCAGGCUCGACAGAUUAAGUCUACUACUGGAAUAGAAUUUCCAAAAUAUUACAAUCCAGCUGCAAUGAAUCCUGCACGUUAUGCUGAACAAAUGCAGAAGAGGCGUCUCUUAUGGGGCAACAAGGCAACAACUUCUACUGCAAAAUCAGAUUCGUCAACACCACAAACAUCUACCAAUAAAUGGGAAGGAACUACAUUUGCCCAAGACCAAGAUGGCAAAAUGACAGCCAAGUUUAAGAGGCUGAUGGGGAUCAAAGAUACGGCACAAGGAAGCUCUGGCUCUUCAGGCACAGAAGGAAAUGAAAUUCUCAAGAAGCAAGAAGAAAUGUUCAACUCCAUGGAGAUGCAGUAUGAGGUAGCGAGAGUAGCAACCCACACACAUCGUGGGGUAGGCCUUGGCUUUGGUACUUUCCAGUACCCACGAUAGCAAGAAAAUGGGAGGUGUGUCGUGAUAUCACCUGGGGACGUGAUGUAUAUGAGUGCAGGAAAUGGAAUCGGACAAAUGCAAUAAGAAAUUGGCAUUCUUCACAUUCCUGUUCAUAAGGAUUUAACUUUCAGCUCCUGCACUUCACAGUUUAAAAUACUGUAUCAUUUGUACCUUCCAUGGAAUAUUUGAGUGGAUUUCCAGUGUUAAUUUCAGUGUCUCAUCUCUUCCUUUAAGGAUCUAAAGUCCUCUAAAAAGAAUGAUCUUAGUGGUACAUUUUCAUACACUCGUGUUUUAAAAAGGUCUCGGCAUGCUAUGAUUGGACAUGUUUUAAACCCUUUCUCUUCCAACAAACAAUUGAUAGGGAAGUGGAUUAAGGAGCUGGGAUGUAAAAUGUUCUAUACAUUCAAACUGUUCGGGUAUCUCGUGUAUAUACUGUUAAAAAUGUAGAGUUUUCUAUGAAUGUGUGAUUUUACAAUGAAGUGUAAAUUAUAAUGAAUGUAUGAUAUGUUUGUGAAUUUUGUUGUAUUAAAUGUUAGAAAUGCACUAUGUUUCUCUCAAUGUUCAGCACUGAAGUGUCAUCCUGUUGUAUUUGUCAUUAAGUUUCUAAUAUAGUGCUGUAUUAAGUUUUUGGUAAAAUUUCUAAAUUUAUCUGCUGAAUUCUCUGCCUGCAGAUGGACAGUUCUAAUGUGGAACAUCCCUCAAUUUGACUGAAUGUACUAAGAUUAAUGGCUAUGCAUUUUUGCAUAUCAAAGUGAAUGUUAAUUGUAAAUUCCAUACAUAAAAUUUUGUCUUUUAAGUUAUUGUAAAUAUAAUGAUUGUGAUUAGAGAACUAAAUGCGUAUGACUGAAGCAUCACAUAA